AUGAGAACAAGGUGUCUGGAGAAGCAAAUCGAGACGUUGAAAAAGUGCCAGCUAUUAUCAGAAUCGGAAGUGAAGCAUUUGUGUGGGCAAGCUAAACUAAUCCUAAUCAAUCAAGAAAAUAUCAAGCAUGUGAAUCUACCAGUAGUGGUUUGUGGAGACAUACACGGACAGUUCCAUGACCUGAGGGAGCUCUUUCAUAUAGGCAAUGAACCACCAGAAGUCAAUUACAUUUUUCUGGGUGAUUAUGUAGACCGAGGUAAGUACAGCGUGGAGACCUUCCUGUUGCUACUAGCCUUGAAGAUAAAGUACCCAAAUGAAAUAACCCUACUAAGGGGAAAUCAUGAAAGUAGACAAAUUACCGAAGUGUAUGGAUUUUAUGAUGAGUGCAUUAAAAAAUAUGGGUCGAUAAAUGUAUGGAAAUAUUGCACCGACUUGAUGGAUUAUCUUUCUAUCGGUGCAAUCAUAGAAAACAACUACUUCUGUAUCCAUGGGGGGUUGUCUCCUUCUUUCAACCAAAUUGCAGACCUGAACAAAAUUAAUCGAUUUCAGGAAAUCCCCAGGAAUGGUUCCCUAUGUGAUAUUAUGUGGUCAGACCCGAAUGAUAAAAACGGGUGGGAUAAAAGUCCAAGAGGUGCAGGGCAUUUAUUUGGCCCCGACGUUGUUCAUAAGUUUUGUCACCUGAACGACAUUGAAGUCAUUGCCAGGGCUCACCAGCUGGUCAUGGAGGGAUACAAAUGGUGGUUUGAUAAAAAACUGGUUACCGUGUGGUCCGCUCCCAACUACUGUUACCGCUGUGGCAACAUCGCCAGUAUAAUGGAGAUCGACGAGAACGAGACUUUCGACUUUAAGUGCUUCGGCCCAUCUGCGGCUGAGAGCAGCGCUAGCCACUUGGUUAAGAAGUACCCCCCGAUAUACUUUUCCUGA